AUGUUCGGCUCCUCUGGAACUCCCGGAAAAGAGGACGAGGGUGUAGUCGAGUCCACCUCUAUCACAGACGCUCCGAAGGCUGCGACCGCCAGCGUCCCCUCAGACUCGAGCAAUGGAGGAGACAAACGAACGGGCGGAAGCAGUCCCCCAAAUCGGAAGCCCAACGAUGAGGUCCCUCCAGCCAGCGGUGAGAAGAAGCGGAGAAGCAGUGGGGUAUUACGCGCUCGGGACAUGUUCUCUAGUGCAAAACAGUCGCUCCAUCUUCAUGGAUCCUCCUCUCCAACCUCGUCAACGACCAGUCCCGACAAAGCUCCCCAGACGCCGAUACAGAAGCUUGGUAAGGCAGAUCCCGCGCUAAGUGUCCCUCAAGGCGCGCUCAACAACUCGGCCGGAGAGUCGUCUCCAGGGCCACGGUCCACAUUUAGAGUUGGAGUUACUGAAGAUAAAAACAAGAAAUGUCGCAGGACUAUGGAAGAUACCCAUGCUUAUCUCUAUAAUUUCCUCAGUACUCCCGCUCCAGCCUAUGGCCCCGACGCCGGCUCCAGGAGUAGGACCUCUGUAUCUGAUGCCAGCUCGUCCGUCUCAGACGCCACAACGUUACCUGUGACGGAAACAGACAAUGGCUACUUCGCUAUCUUCGACGGGCACGCAGGGACCUUUGCUGCUGACUGGUGUGGGAAGAAGCUCCAUCUUCUACUCGAAGACACCAUCAGGAAGAACCCGAAUACGCCCAUUCCCGAGCUUCUGGAUCAGACCUUCACUGCUGUGGAUCAGCAGCUCGAGAAAUUACCUCUGAAGAACAGCGGAUGCACCGCGGUAAUAGCUGUGCUCAGGUGGGAGGAUCGAGUGCCCAAUUCCCAGUCUACGACUGGCUCAGUGUUGUAUGCGCCCGCCGCAGUUGCGGCCGUUAAAAGCGCAGCGGAGUCUCAGAACUCCGGCGCAGAAACAUCCUCGGGCGAACCCACAGAGCCGCACGCUGCAGAAGCCAAGAUACGGAAUGACGCUAGCCGUCAGAGGGUCUUAUACACAGCGAAUGUAGGCGACGCACGCAUUGUGCUGUGUCGGAACGGCCGAGCUCUCCGAUUGUCGUACGAUCACAAAGGCAGCGACGAGAACGAAGGGCGUCGAGUUGCUAGCGCCGGGGGUCUUAUUCUCAACAACCGUGUCAAUGGUGUCUUGGCUGUCACACGCGCUCUCGGUGAUGCCUACAUGAAAGAUCUGGUCACUGGCCAUCCAUACACCACCGAAACAGUUAUUCAAGCUGAUCAGGAUGAGUUUCUUAUCCUAGCGUGUGACGGGCUAUGGGAUGUCUGCUCCGAUCAAGAGGCCGUAGACCUUGUCCGCCACACCCAAGACCCCCAGGCAGCAUCAAAGCAACUGGUCGAACAUGCGCUUGCGCGAUUCUCCACGGACAACUUAUCUUGCAUGAUUGUGAGAUUCGACAACAAUGCGCUCAAGCAACGCAAGAACGAGUCCAGCAUGGGAGUUGAUGGUGAUCAUUUAACUGCGAAGGGGGGUAUCAGCGAGGCAGAUGCCAUUGUCUCGCAAGCAAGGAAGCAGCUUGGCGGCGAGAGUGGAGAGUCGGUCGAAAAGGCAGCGUCUGAAAUGAUUGUGGAAGAAGAGGAAGCGGAGCCGGGACCCGAGCUGAACGCCGAAGCUCUUAAAGCAGCGCACAAAAAGAGCUGA